CAUAUGUUUGGGGAUCUUUUACACAAUCCUUUGUAUAAGGCCACUAUGGCUGUCGGAAGAUUUGAAGAUAUUCUGCAUGUCUUGUGCUUUGAUGACAAGAAGACCAGAGCCUCUCGACGUGAAAAAGAUAAGAUGGCACCUUUCCGCUGCAUAUGGGAGCUGUUCCUGGUGAACUGCAGAAAGAGAUUUUCCCCCAGUGAUUGUGUCACUGUGGAUGAACAGCUUGUGCCAUUCAAGGGGAGGUGCAGAUUCCUACAAUACAUGCCAAGGAAGCCAGCCAAGUACGGCAUCAAAAUAUUUUGGCUUUGUGAUGCACGUGUGCCAUAUGCAAUCGAUGGGAUUGUGUACACUGGGAGGGAGCCUGGGAAAGAAAUACGGAAGAAUGUGGGGGAAAACGUUGUCCGUCAGUUGUGCAGUGGCAUCAGAAAUACAGGUCGCAGCAUCACCACGGACAAUUUUUUCACCAGUGUGGGUCUUGCAGAGAGUCUCAAGGAGUUGGGUCUCGGGCUUGUGGGGACUCUACGCCAGAACAAGGUGGAGAUCCCUCCUGUCAUGAAGCCCUCCGAAUCAAGGAAGGUCUAUAGUUCAGAAUUUGGGUUUAAUGGCAGUACGACCAUGGUGAGCUAUGUGCCAAAGAGAAAGAAGGCUGUUGUUCUCCUGAGUACUGUGCACCAUGACAAAGCGGUGGAUGAAGACAGCCAAAAAAGGAAACCAGAAAUAAUAACAUUCUACAACCAGACAAAAGGAGGUGUAGAUGUCGUGGACCAGAUGGUUCGCACAUACACGUGCAAACGAAAAACACGGCGGUGGACCAUGGUUCUGUGGUAUAAUGUCCUGGACGUAGCCACCUUGAAUGCUUACACAUUCUUCACCUCUCAGCACCCUGAGUGCUACAGGGGUGUCCCCAGUGCACGACGGCACUUCCUCAAAGAGCUCACUUUGCAACUUAUUACACCAUACAUGAAGAUUCGACUGGAAAACACUCGGGGUCUGCCUAAACAAACCGUUGAAGCAAUGGAAAGGUGUGGGGUGACAAAAUCCGAAUCUCUGCCAAUGGGGGAAAAUGAAGAGAACCAACUGAAAAAGAGGAAGAGGUGUCAUAUGUGCCCAAGUUCAAAAGAUCGGAAAACGCAAACUUACUGUAUGAAAUGCUAUGUACCUGUAUGUCGUGACCACAGGCAGAAGAAGGUGAUUUGUGUUAAGUGCAUUGAAGGGAAAACAAAAUGAUUAAUUCCAAACUGCAAGUGUUUAAAUUUUUAUGUAGCAUUGCUACAAUACUGUUCUUUAUUCACCGUGCUUUUGAAAUCUGCCGACCUGUCAAAUCUGCUGAUACAGAUAGUUAUCUAAACACCUCAUUGCAGGGAACAAUUCCAAAAUGUGUUUGCAUUUUUUAUAUAGCUUUGCUACAAUACUUUUCUUUAUUCAUUGUGCUUUCAAA